AUGGAAGAGAUGAAGCUGAUGGACGAUGAGGAGAAAAGACGACAGCAGCAGAGGGCUGAGUCCUACCAGGCCGACCUGCAGGCUCAGAUGAAGUCCCAGCAGCAGCUCCUCUUCCAGCAGAAAGCUCAGGAAGAGAGGGAGCACCAGCAGGGUCUGAUGCUGCAGGACCAGUACCAACGCAAGAAAGACCACAUCCUGUCCAGACCCUCGUCUCACACCGCGGGCGUCUCAGUCCAUCCGUUCAGACAGGCAGACAGGUCCAGUACACCCCGGGUGUGGAUCCCCGACCCCGAGGAUGUGUGGAAGGCUGCAGAGAUCGUCAAAGAUUAUAAAGAAGGAGAGCCGGUGCUACACCUCAAACUGGAAGAUGAAACGCCUCUGGACUACCCUGUGGGUCCGAAGGCGAACCCUCUUCCUUUCCUGCGUAACCCAGACAUUCUGGUGGGAGAAAACGACCUCACUGCUCUCAGUUACCUUCAUGAACCGGCAGUGCUGCACAACCUGAAGGUCCGCUUCCUGGAGCCCAACCACAUCUACACCUACUGCGGGAUUGUGCUGGUGGCCAUCAACCCGUAUGACCAGCUGCAUAUUUAUGGCGAGGAGGUGAUCCGGGCGUACAGCGGGCAGAACAUGGGCGACAUGGACCCGCACAUCUUCGCUGUGGCCGAGGAAGCAUACAAGCAGAUGGCCAGGGACGAGAGGAAUCAGUCGAUCAUCGUGAGCGGAGAAUCGGGCGCAGGAAAGACGGUUUCUGCAAAGUACGCUAUGCGUUUCUUUGCCACGGUGGGCGGCUCGGCCAACGACACUAACGUGGAGGAGAAAGUGCUCGCCUCCAGUCCCAUCAUGGAGGCUAUUGGAAAUGCUAAAACCACGCGGAACGACAACAGCAGUCGCUUUGGGAAGUACAUUCAGAUCGGCUUCAGCAAACAUUACAACAUCAUCGGAGCCAACAUGAGGACGUACCUGCUGGAGAAGUCUCGCGUCGUUUUCCAGGCUGAAGACGAGAGGAACUAUCACAUCUUCUACCAGCUGUGUGCCUCGGCCAGUUUACCUGAGUUCAAAGACCUCGGCCUCACCAGCGCAGAAGACUUCACGUUCACGUCUCUGGGGCAGAACAUCUUCAUCGAGGGAGUGGACGAUGCUGAAGACUUUGAGAAGACCAGAGAGGCCUUCACGCUGCUCGGGAUAAAGGACGUGAGUCAGAGCAGCAUCUUUAAAGUGGUGGCCUCCAUUCUCCAUCUGGGAAACAUCGAGAUCUCCUCGGAGCGAGACGGAGAGUCCUGUCGCGUCUCGAGAGACGACAUCCACCUGCAGCACUUCUGCCGGCUGCUGGGUGUGGAGCUGCAGCAGAUGGAGCACUGGCUCUGCCACAGGAAGCUGGUGACCUCGUCGGAGACGUACGUGAAGAACAUGUCCAGCCAACAGGCGGCCAACGCCCGCGACGCGCUCGCCAAACACAUCUACGCUCGCAUGUUUGACUGGAUCGUGGAGCACAUUAACAAUAUGCUGCAGACCUCGUCGAAACAGCACUCCUUCAUCGGAGUCCUCGACAUCUACGGCUUUGAGACGUUCGAGAUCAACAGUUUUGAGCAGUUCUGCAUCAACUACGCCAACGAGAAACUUCAGCAGCAGUUUAACUCUCAUGUGUUUAAGCUGGAGCAGGCGGAGUACAUAAAAGAGCAGAUCCCCUGGACUCUGAUCGAUUUCUACGACAACCAGCCGUGCAUCGACCUGAUCGAGGCCCGGCUCGGCAUCCUGGACCUGCUGGACGAAGAGUGUAAAGUCAAAAAAGGGACGGAUCAGAACUGGGCCCAGAAGCUCUACAAGCAGAACUCGAGCAGCGCUCACUUCCAGAAACCUCGCAUGUCCAACACCUCCUUCAUCAUCAUACACUUCGCUGACAAGGUGGAGUACCAGUGUGAAGGCUUCCUGGAGAAGAACAGAGACACCGUGUACGAGGAGCAGAUCAACAUCCUGAAGGCCAGCCAGUUCCAGCUGGUAGCAGAUCUGUUCAGUGACAAGAGCGACGUCGCCCCCCCCCCAAAGUCCUCCAGAGUCAACGUCCGAUCAGCGAAGCCGACUCCCAAAGCUCCCAACAAGGAGCACCGCAAGACCGUGGGCCACCAGUUCCGCAGCUCUCUGCAGCUCCUGAUGGAGACUCUGAAUGCGACGACUCCUCACUACGUCCGCUGCAUCAAACCCAACGACAACAAGGAGGCUUUCUCGUUUGACUCGCGGCGAGCGGUGCAGCAGCUGCGAGCCUGCGGCGUCCUGGAGACGAUCCGGAUCAGCGCCGCUGGCUACCCGUCCAGGUGGACGUACCCAGACUUCUUCAACCGGUACCGAGUUCUGCUGAAGAAGUCAGACAUGACGUUAGCUGAUAAGAAGCUGGUGUGCAAGAACCUGCUGGAGACGCUCAUCAAGGAGGCGGACAUGUUCCAGUUUGGGCGGACUAAGAUCUUCUUCCGGGCGGGCCAGGUGGCCUACCUGGAGAAGCUGCGUGCGGACCGGUUCCGCUCGGCCUGCAUCCAGAUCCAGAAGACGGUGCGCGGCUGGCUGGCGAGGGUUCGAUACCGCAAGAUCCGAAGAUCUGCCGUCACGCUGCAGCGAUACGGCCGCGGAUUCCUCGCCCGCAGACUGGCUGAGUUCUUGCGUCUGAGCCGCGCGGCGCUCGUCUGUCAGAAGCAGUACCGCAUGGCGAGAGACAGACGGGUCUAUCUGAGGGUGAGACGGGCAGUCGUCACCAUCCAGGCCUUCACCAGAGGGAUGUUCACCCGCAGGAUCUACCGGGAGUUCCUGCUGCACCACAAAGCGAUGAUCAUCCAGCGGUGCGUGCGCGGCUGGCUGCAGCGCAGGAAGUUCAGGCGGGCACGUGACGCCGCCAUCACCAUCCAGUGUGGGUUCAGGCGCGUGCGAGCCAAGCGGGAGCUGAAGCAGCUGAAGAUAGAAGCUCGCUCCGCCGAACAUCUGAAGAAACUCAACAGCGGCAUGGAGAACAAAAUCGUCCAGCUGCAGAGGAAGAUGGACGACCAGUCCCAGGAGUUCAGGGCUCAGAGGGACCAGCUGGCAGUGGUGAACGUGUCUCUGGGCACGGAGGUGAAGCAGCUGCAGAAACAGCUGGAUCAGGUCCGUCAGCAGGGAGGAGCCAAUCAGAUCGCCUCGCUGCAGGAAGAGCUGGCGAAGCUGCAAGAAGAUCUGCAGGGCGCCGCCGCCGACAGGAAGAGACUGGAGGAGGAGCAUGGCACCGAGAAGACGGGGCUGCAACUGAGGGUGGAGGAGCUGGAGAGAGAGAACUCUCUGCUGAAGAGUGAAAAAGAAGAGAUGAACCAGAAGAUCCUGCAGCUCACCAACACUACACAAGACGGCAGCGAUGCGUCGGAGCGUGAGGCGUCUCUGCAGACGGAGCUGGACGGAGAGCGCCAGCGCUACCAGAACCUGCUGAAAGAGUUCUCCAGACUGGAGCAGAGAUACGAGAACCUGAAGGAGGAAAUGUCACUGAGCAAGUUCCAGCCGGGCCACAGGAGGAACCCGUCCAAUCAGAGCAGCCUGGAGUCUGACUCCAACUACACGUCCAUCUCCAUGUCCGAGGUCGGAGACACCGAAGACGCCAUCCAGCAGCUGGAGGAUCUGGGCAUGGAGAAAGCAGCGAUGGACAUCAGUCUGUUCAUGAAGCUGCAGAAGAGAGUGAGAGAGCUGGAGAUGGAGAGGAAGAGGCUGCAGGCCAACGUGGACAAGAUGGAGGAGCUCGCCAAACGCACUGAAACACUGCAGAGUUCUGAGCCGAGGAGUCCCAUCUCGGAGCAGGAGAACGCUGAUCUGGCCUACAACAACCUCAAGAGGCAGGAGCUGGAGUCGGAGAACAAGAAACUGAAGAACGACCUCAACGAUCUGACGAAAGGCAUCGCUGAGCGAGCGUCCCGGAACGAUUCGUCCAACGAGCUGCAGGACAGCUACAACCUGCUGCUGAGUCAGCUCAAAUCAGCCAAUGAGGAGCUGGACGCUCGCAAAGAGGAAGUCCUGAUUCUGAGGACUCAAAUCGUCAGCGCCGCCCAGCUCCGGGAGAACAACCAGCGCAUCCAGGAGGAGAAUAAAGUUCCUGAACUCAACAACAGCAGCGAGCCGGUGGACAAAGACGAGGCUCUGAAGGCCUAUCACGGACUCUGCGAGUCCAAAAACACUCUGCAGGACUGGUGCUAUCUGAAUGAAGAUGGAGAGCUGGGUUUGGCUUACCAGGGUCUCAAACAGGUGGCCAGGCUGCUGGAGGCCCAGCUCCAGAGCCGUGAGCGGCAGCAUCAAGACGAGCUGGAAGCUCUCCACACUCAGAUCGAGCUGCAGAGAGACGACAUCGAGAAGAAGACGGAGCUGCUCAACUACACGGCAGGCCUGUCUCCUGAGGCUCAGGUGGAGUUCAGCAUCGGCCAGGAGAUCACACGCCUCACCAACGACAACCUGGACCUAAAGGAGAUGGUGGAGAAGCUGGAGAAGAACGAGAGGAAGCUGAAGAAGCAGCUCAGGAUCUACAUGAAGAAAGUCCAGGAGUUUGAAGCAUCUCAGGCUGUAGUUGAGUCCAGCAGGUCUCGUCCUGAGUUGACCCGGCAGGUGACGGUCCAGAGGAAGGAGAAGGACUUUGAGGGGAUGCUGGAGUACCACAAGGAGGACGAGGCGCUGCUGGUCAAAACCCUGGUCACAGACAUCCGGCCCAGCACGGUGUCGGCCACCGUUCCCUGUCUGCCCGCCUACAUCCUGUUCAUGUGCAUCCGCCACGCCGACUACAUCAACGACGACAGCAAGGUGGAGUCUCUGCUCACCGCCACCAUCAACGCCGUCAAGAAAGUCCUCAAGAAAAACAACGAAGACUUUGAGAUGACGUCCUUCUGGCUGGCCAACACCAGCCGGCUGCUGCACUGUCUGAAGCAGUACAGCGGAGACGAGGCGUUCAUGACGCAGAACACGAGCAAACAGAACGAACACUGUCUGAAGAACUUCGACCUGGCCGAGUACCGGCAGGUGCUGAGCGACCUCUCCAUCCAGAUCUACCAGCAGCUCAUCAAAGUGGCCGAAGCAACCAUCCAGCCCAUGAUCGUGUCGGCCAUGUUGGAGAGCGAGAGCAUCCCCAGCCUGGCGGGGGUGAAGCCGAUGGGCUACCGCCACCGUUCGUCCAGCAUGGACACGGACGCCGGCGGCCCCGCCAGCUACACGCUGCAGGCGCUGAUCCGCCAGCUGGGCCAGUUCCACGCCGUGAUGCAGGAGCACGGCCUGGACCCUGAGAUCACGGGCCAGGUGGUCCGCCAGCUGUUCCACUGCAUCAACGCCGUCACGCUCAACAACCUGCUGCUGCGCAAAGACGUGUGCUCCUGGAGCACUGGCAUGCAGCUACGGUACAACACGAGUCAGAUGGAGGAGUGGCUGCGAGCCAACAACUUGUACCAGAGCAAAGCCGCGGCCACGCUGGAGCCCGUCAUCCAGGCCGCGCAGCUGCUGCAGGUCAAGAAGAAGACCACGCAGGACGCCGAGGCCAUCUGCUCGCUGUGCACAGCGCUCAGCACGCAGCAGAUUGUGAAGAUCCUGAACCUUUACACUCCUCUGAACGAGUUUGAAGAAAGAGUGACCGUGUCCUUCAUCAGAAACAUCCAGAACCGUCCCCAGCAGAGAAGCGAUCCUCCACAGCUGCUGAUGGACACCAAGCACACGUUCCCGGUCCUGUUCCCGUACACGCCGUCGGCCCUGAGCCUGGAGACGCUGCACAUCCCCGCCUCGCUCUGCCUCGACUUCCUCAACAGAGUCUGACGUCUCCGAGAGCAACCGCCGGGGACCGAGACCGCCACCAGGCGCACAGCUGGACAGGAAACGGAGCUUUAAAACAGCCGAAGGACAAACAUUUCUACUACAGCCCUGCUCCUUCUGUCACCAACUGUUCCUCCGGUCCCCACUGGGACACUGUGACACUGACAGGAAGUGCAGACAGAUGUAAGUGAAAGAAGGAACAGGAAAGUGUCCCCCCAGCAGGAAGAAGAAGGUCAGUGAGAAGUUUCAGAAAGCUCAGGAAGGAUGCAGAGAAAAGAGCCUCCGUACUUUCACCAUCCACAAUUCACAACCUGCACGAUGAGACGGGAGUUUUCUGUCCACAGACAAACACCACAGGACUCGGAAACACAUCAACUAACCAAUAAUCACUUUCAUUUACUUCUUCUAAAUGUCUUAAUGUACAGUUUACGGUAGUGCUUCCCCCUCGGGAACACUAAGUACAACAUAACAACUUUCAAAUCCACAUCAUCCACUCUUCUAGAGCUGGGCCAUAUGGAAAAAAUCAAAUAUCACGAUAUUUUUGACAAAAUACCUCAAUGUCGAUAUUGUGGCGCCGAUACUGUAAUGUGUAGUGUGACUAUUGGUGCUUUCACAAAAUAUUAAUACAAUGAGUUUUGAUAAAUAAUCACCAAUAAUGUGGAUGUAAUGUCUAAGUGGGUAAAAGGCAAAUAAUAG